CAAUCUACUCACCGGGUGCUAGCAUUGUGCUAGUUGCAUUUUUCAGUAGCCACGAUUAUUUUGCGCAAAGGAACGAUGUCUAGAUAUUCAAGACCCCCAAACACUUCUUUAUAUAUCAGAAAUGUACCUGACGGUACAAGGCCAGAAGAGCUGCGCAGCUUGUUUGGAAAGUAUGGACCGAUUAAAGAUGUGUAUGUGCCAUUAGAUUACCACACCAGACGACCACGAGGAAUUGCAUAUGUACAGUUUGACGACAUCCGUGAUGCAGAGGAUGCACUCUAUGGCUUGGACAGGUCUCGCUUUUAUGGACGAGAGCUGGAGGUAGAGUUUGCCCAGGGCGAUCGCAAGAAUCCAAAUCAAAUGAGGAUGAAAGAUCCCAGACGUUCCCCCUAUAGAGGCCGUAGCAGUUACGACGAAAGAGACCGAGAUAGAGACGGUCGUGGCAGGCGAAACAGCAGGCGCUCCCGAUCCCGGUCAAGGUCGCGGGGUCGUGAUCGUCGGGAACGGCGUAGUAGCAGGUCCAAGUCUCGGUCCGGCAGCAGGACACACAGCAAGCCGAGACGAUCACCGACUCCACAGGAGCGAUCGCUGUCCCCAAGCAACGUGUCUCCCCCGAUCUUGGACGAAAGUCGGUCUCCGUCGCCGCAGUAGAAGCGUCGCAUGUGGUCCGGCGAGUUGACUGACUGCCCCCUCCCCCCAGCUAUCCGCGCACCUGUUUUCUGGUCACUGUCAUGAUGCCAGACAGCAUGCAGAGCUACGUUCUCUCGAAACUUCACGAGUCUCACCAGGGUAUCGACAAGAUCCGGUUGAGGGCUCGUACCUGUGUUUAUUGGAACAACUGUAAUGCAGACAUAGAGAACAUGAUAAAGUCGUGUAGUAUUUGUCAGCAUUCCCAGAAGUCAUGACGCCCGGAGAGGACUACUUUCAGAAAGCAGUGUACAUACGCAGGUAUACGCGUAGUGAUGAGGCUACAAAGUAGUUCCGCAUAAUAUUACAUCCCCUUUCUUUUAAAAGAAAGAUUGUACUUCAAUCAGGAGUAAAAACUGAACUUUAAAGUCCUUCAAAGUAUGCUAUCCGAGUAGUAACCAACAUGACGUUAAUGUUAAUGCUGUAAUAGUCCUGCUUGGACAUUUUCCACGCUAAUUGUCAAUAGUCACGAUUACUUCUACAGUUCAACAUGACUGUCACAAAAACUGAACGUUACAGUAGUUAACCCGAAUAUCCAACCGAAUUAAUUAACCCAAAUAUCAAAGUUGUAAACACGUAUGCACUUGAUUAGCGUUCUCCACUACACAAAUGCCUGACUGUAUAUUGUUAACACAAAUUAUAAAUCGAGCUUUCUCAGAUUUUUGACCAUUCUGCCUGAACGAUGAUAAUUUUGAUAGUCACUGGCACUCCCAGUAUUUGGAGCACGCGCUGGCUCACUCUCAAUCGUUGCCUUGAAUCUGACGUGUUUUGUUAGGGACCUCACACCUAUCUCUGGGGGUGGAACUGGUUCCUGGUCAUCUUGUCCUGGGGGAUAUGAGGGGGUCCUCAAUUCCUCAUUGGUUUACCGGAUGAACCGACGAAUCCUCCUGAGAUUGUUGCCGUCAGAUGUUUGCACCUCAUACGAACGUGGUGCCACAUGUUUUCAUGUGACGACUGGUGGCUUCCACUUGUGUGUAUUCUCGUCCUGUACUCUGACCGAUUGACCUGGGGACAGAGGGGAUAGUGUCUUUCUCGUCGUGAUACAAUUUUUGAGUUGUUUGACGCUCAAAAAGUCGACGUGAAACUGCAUCCUUGUCAGCUGCUUGGUUGGUAAUCUUUACUGGAAGAUUACUUCUGAACUUGCGAGAGUUCAGUAGUUCUGAUGGUGUUACCAAGUGGCAAUCCAUGGGUGUGGAUCUAAUGAUCAGCAUUGCCAUGUCCGGAUCAGUAUGUGCUGCUUUGGCUUUGGCAAGUACACCUUUUACGGUCUGUACCUCCCUCUCGAUGAAGCCAUUUGACUGUGCGUAGCGGGGACUCGAUGUCACGUGACUGAAACCCCAUUCUUCUGUGAACUGUUUGAACACCUGGCUCGCAUAUUGUGGGCCGUUGUCACUGAUUAUAGUCAGGGGGAGCAUUGGGUACUUCGAAUAGUAGUCACAGAUAAGAAGAUACUCCUCACCAUCCAGAUAGAACAGGUCGGUACCGACGGUCUGUCAUGGUCACGUAAGUAUUUCAUACUGCAGUAGUGGUUCUGGGCUUUGUCUAGCGCUUCUUCAAGUGUUAGCUUCCCAUCUUUGCCUAAGAGAAUUUCCUGGACCUUCUUGUGUAUAGUACCGAUGAUUAACUGUUCAAUUAAUCUCUCGUUAGUUUCCUGAUCAUCACCAAACUUGCACUUCUUCGCUUGAAGCUUGCACCUAGUCAUAAACUCAUCAAUUGUCUCCCCUUCUGAAUGGUGCAAUUUCUGUAACUGAUAUCUGUGCAGCCGUAAAUUUGACUGGGGCUCAAGGUGUUUCUCGUUGUUUUUUGAAAGAAAUUCUUUGUAAAUUUGGGCGCACAUUUGCGUAGUUGUCUGUCUUGCCAUCCGCUUUUUGAGCGUAAUUGCUACAGCCACAUAAUGUUCACACAUACACACACACACACACACACACACACACACACACACACACACACACACACACACACACACUACACACACACA